GCCCGUCCCGCCAUUCUCGCUAGUUCGAUCGGUAGCGGGAGCGGAGAGCGGACCCCAGAGAGCCCUGUGCAGCCCCACCGCCGCCGCCGGCCUAGUUACCAUCACAUCCCGGGAGGAGCCGCAGCUGCCGCAGCCGGCCCCAGUCACCAUCACCGCAACCAUGAGCAGCGAGGCCGAGACCCAGCAGCCGCCCGCCGCCCCCCCCGCCGCCCCCGCCCUCAGCGCUGCCGACACCAAGCCCGGCACGACGGGCAGCGGCGCAGGGAGCGGCGGCCCGGGCGGCCUCACAUCGGCGGCGCCUGCCGGCGGGGACAAGAAGGUCAUCGCAACGAAGGUUUUGGGAACAGUAAAAUGGUUCAAUGUAAGAAACGGAUAUGGUUUCAUCAACAGAGGUGGCGUAGAAGAAUACAGCAAAAAGAGUACACUUGACUGCAGGAGAAUGGGAGGACUGGUGUGUGAUACAUGGAAUGACCCUGUUGGAAUACUGAAUGACACCAAGGAAGAUGUAUUUGUACACCAGACUGCCAUAAAGAAGAAUAACCCCAGGAAGUACCUUCGCAGUGUAGGAGAUGGAGAGACUGUGGAGUUUGAUGUUGUUGAAGGAGAAAAGGGUGCGGAGGCAGCAAAUGUUACAGGCCCUGGUGGAGUUCCAGUACAAGGCAGUAAAUAUGCAGCAGACCGUAACCAUUAUAGACGCUAUCCACGUCGCAGGGGUCCUCCACGCAAUUACCAGCAGAAUUACCAGAAUAGUGAGAGUGGGGAAAAGAAUGAGGGAUCGGAGAGUGCUCCUGAAGGCCAGGCCCAACAGCGCCGGCCCUACCGCAGGCGAAGGUUCCCACCUUACUACAUGCGGAGACCCUAUGGGCGUCGACCACAGUAUUCCAACCCUCCUGUGCAGGGAGAAGUGAUGGAGGGUGCUGACAACCAGGGUGCAGGAGAACAAGGUAGACCAGUGAGACAGAAUAUGUAUCGGGGUUAUAGACCACGAUUCCGCAGGGGCCCUCCUCGCCAAAGACAGCCCAGAGAGGACGGCAAUGAAGAAGAUAAGGAAAAUCAAGGAGAUGAGACCCAAGGUCAGCAGCCACCUCAACGUCGGUACCGCCGCAACUUCAAUUACCGACGCAGACGCCCAGAAAACCCUAAACCACAAGAUGGCAAAGAGACAAAAGCAGCCGAUCCACCAGCUGAGAAUUCGUCCGCUCCCGAGGCUGAGCAGGGCGGGGCUGAGUAAAUGCCGGCUUACCAUCUCUACCAUCAUCCGGUUUAGUCAUCCAACAAGAAGAAAUGAGUACGAAAUUCCAGCAAUAAGAAAUGAACAAAAGAUUGGAGCUGAAGACCUUAAGUGCUUGCUUUUUGCCAGUUGACCAGAUAACUAGAACUAUCUGCAUUAUCUAUGCAGCAUGGGGUUUUUAUUAUUUUUACCUAAAGACGUCUCUUUUUGGUAAUGACAAACGUGUUUUUUAAAAAAAAUAAAAAAGCCUGGUUUUUCUCAAUACACCUUUAAAGGUUUUUAAAUUGUUUCAUAUCUGGUCAAGUUGAGAUUUUUAAGAACCUCAUUUUUAAUUUGUAAUAAAAGUUUACAGCUUGAUUUUUUCAAAAAAGUCAACAAACUGCAAGCACCUGUUAAUAAAGGUCUUAAAUAAUUGUC